AUGGGCCAAUUUCUGGUGGGCGUGUUCAAGUUUGAGAAGACGCUGGGGAUUCACGAAGGCCUUUCCGGAGUUUUAGCCUACCAGGAGCAGAUCGGCGAGAAUCUCGCUAUGAUCCAUUUUAGCGCCCAAUUCCGGCCAAGAUAUCUUGCCUUUGAUCUCAACUCCAGCACUUGUCCGGUCCGCGUCAAGGAUGAAGGAAGGAAAGAGAUCAAGAUCAAGGGAUUGAACAUUCCGUUGGACAAAAUCCAGGCAGGGACCGGCGGAAGGAGAGGGAGCGAGCCGGGUAAGGUUGAGGGCAAGAAGUGGGUUACUGGAGCGAGGGUAGAGUUCGCUUCGGAUGUCGAGAAGCUACUGUUCUUGGAGAAAGUGAAGGAGGUACAGCAGACCAUGGUUCGCUUGCCGGAUGUAUAG